AUGAGUAACCCCACCGAGAAAGAAUAUGGCGGUGGCGCUCCAGAGGUGGGCGAGGUUGAGGGGGCCUUCAACCAGGUGGAACAUACACACGCCUACGAUCUGGACUUGAAGGCAGAUGUCGCCGAUUACAAGGCGGAUGCCGUCGAGGCAGAGAACGCGGAGCACAAGAUGGGUGUGAUCGAUGCUGUGAAGGCGUAUCCCAUGGCUUCCUUCUGGGCGUUUAUCAUGUCCUUCACAAUCAUCAUGGAGUCCUACGAUGUCUUCCUUAUCGGCAAUUUCGUCGCUCUCCCUGCGUUCAAACAGCAGUUCGGUGUUUGGGACGCCAACGGUAGCCCGCCACAAUGGGUCAUCGAGACCAAGUGGCAGUCUGCGCUGCAAGUGUCAGGACAACUCGGUGCGCUCAUUGGCGUCUUCCUCGCGGGUCCCCUCACCAGUCGCAUCGGAUACCGUUACGCGACCUUGACCGGCCUCAUGCUCUUGAAUGCCUUCAUCUUCAUCUUUUACUUUGCCAAGUCGCUUCCCUUGAUUUUCGUGGCCCAGCUUCUCGAAGGCUUGCCAUGGGGUAUCUUUAUUGCCAAUGCGCCAGCAUACUGCAGUGAGAUCGUUCCGAUCAAGCUGAGAGCGCCAGCAACCCAGAUGCUGCAGAUGUUCUGGGCUAUUGGGAGUAUCAUCGUUGGUGCCGUCACCUACCGUUAUAACGGGAGAUUGGAUUCAAGUGCCUACAAGAUUCCUAUUGCGCUCCAAUGGAUGUUCCCUACCCCACUCGCGAUCCUCAUCUUUUGUGCACCCGAGUCACCCUGGUGGCUGGUGCGAAAAGGGCGUCUGGAAGAAGCCAAACAUUCGAUCGAACGUCUUGGACGCAGAUCGAGGCUGAAUUCGAGUGAGGCGGUUGCCAUGAUGCGUCGUGUCGUUGAGCUCGAGACAUCUGAAAAGCCACCCAGCCACAUCGAACUUUUCAAAGGCACUGACCUCUACCGAACUCUCAUCGUGUGUGGUGUGUACUUGGCACAGAACCUCACGGGUAACUUGAUCGCCAAUCAAGCCGUCUACUUCUUCGAGCAGGCCGGUAUGGGCACGAACACUGCCUUCGCCCUGGGUCUGACCACCUCAGCUCUUCAGAUGGUCUUCGUCAUGCUCUCCUGGAUCCUCACGACCUACUUAGGCAGACGUACCAUCUACCUCUGGGGCUCGGCAUUCAACGUCGUCCUAUUGGUAGCCCUCGGUGUCGCUGGUUCCGUCGACAGGACACACGCAUCCAACCUGGCGCAAGCCUCCCUGGGCCUCAUCAUCUCCGUUCUCUUCACCCUAGGCCCCGCGCCCGCCUCGUGGGUCAUUAUCGGAGAAACCUCUGCCAUUCGCUUGAGGCCUUUGACCACUGGAAUGGGUCGCGCUGCCUACUAUAUCAUCGAGAUCCCUUGCAUCUUCCUCGGAAGUUACAUGCUCAACCCUACUGGUGGAAAUCUUGCCGGCAAAUGCGGAUACGUCUGGGGCGCAACCGGCUUCCUUUGCUUGGUCACCGCGUACUUCUACUUGCCCGAGAUGAAGGGUCUCUCCUACCGUGAGAUCGACAUCUUGUUCAAGCGUCGCGUCCCGGCUCGCAAAUGGAAGGAGACCGUCAUCGAUGUUCAGGAUGAUGAGUAG